CAGCAAGCAAGAAGCAGCCUGCCGUUUGUAGUAUGGUGGAUCGUUGGACGCGUGCGUAUACGCGUCCUGCGCGGUCCCGACAUCCGCUGUGACUUGCCAAGAUCAGCGGUCGCGGUGGAGGCAAUCGACCUGUGCCAAUUUACCUACAUCUACGAGCUCCUCGCGGACGACCUCGCGAUCAGCGCGGAGUUUGCCAUGACGUCUUUGCUGGGCACACAGGUGGCGCGCAUGUGCCCGACAGGGACACAGAAGCCCACGGCAGGCGGUGGCGCCAGUGGUGCCGUGCCCAAAGGCAACACAUUGGUUGCUCGCGUGGCGAAGCUGCUGCGCCAUGUAUGUCAGGAGCAGCGCCGCAGCUUCCUACUGCACGCCCUCUCGGAGCCGCAGCGGCGGGCGCUGGAGGCCUUCCUGCAGCAGCUGCGCGGUGCCACGACAGUCGCCAGGCUUGGGGCUGGCGCUGGCGGCGCUUCCGAGAAGAAGG